CCUCAUAGAUCAAUAGGGGAUUGCUUCCCUUGGCAAUCAUGAGUCCAACUGCCAUCAUUACCAUAGAGGAAACAUAAAUCUCUCUCUCUCUCAGCACACACCCACCAGCUUCCACCACAUGGCUAAUAACACAAGCCGCACCAAUAUUUAAAGCAACUCUCAUUUCCGACUCUCCAUUCGUUCGCUCAUCUCAACUCUUGUAGAACAAACAAAACAUCCUGAGAAAAAUGUGCACAAACAGAGUAGACGAGUUCCCAUCUCCUCCUUCAUUUCCUGCCAAGAGAAAGAUACCAUCAAAGAAACCCAAGGUUCAAGUUCUUGGAUUUUCCAGCAGGAGAAGAUGGGAAGAAGAUGAGGGCAAGGAUAUGGAAUUAAAGAACUUGAAGCUGUAUUUGGAGAAUCAAAGUAUUGUUGAAGAGAAUGAGAAGCUGAGGAAGAAAGCUAAUCUUCUUCACCAAGAAAACUUGGCUUUAAUAUCUGAAUUUCAAAAGAAAUUCCCUCAUUUCGAUCGCUUCUCUUCCACUCCUCUUCUUUUGCACAACAAACAAUAAUAUUUGUGAGAGAAAUAUAUUGGGGAACUUUUUAAUUUCUUUCUUUUUUUUGUUCUUGUUUCUAUAUAAUAGCCAGUAUGUUAAUAAGAUGUAAUGGUAAAUGAGAUGAUGACGAUGAUGAAGUAUUGUAUACCAACUAAAUGUCUCUCUUUAUUUUAAUUUUGGAAGUUGAUAUAUCAACUAAAAGCUUUAAUGAUUCUCAAAUUUCCUUACUUUUGAAGCCUGGAAAGCCCAUCAAGCCUAGCGCUUCACCGUUUGCAUUGGACCAGGUCCGUCAGCUUUCUUAACAGGGUAUCAGAAUCCAGUGGCCCGUCAGCUUUGGCUUCUUGUAGUUGCUUUUUGUGCUCGUGGUUUUUGCUUGAAAACUCUCACUGAGACGCCUAUGUUUCAGAGAGCUCUUGGUUUUUUGGAUGCGUGCAAGAUCUUAGUUUCGAUCUUCAAUCUAGAGGGAAGAGCAUGGAAGUUGUUUGAGACAUGGCUCCUUUUCCCGUUCGCUGAAAUUGUGUUCUCUAGCCCUUAAAAUUUAUACGAAUUAAUACCUCUAACGUUCUCUCCCAAGCCACAAGUUCACGACCAGCGGUUUCAACGAUUAGCAGGAACUUCCACGAAAUGGCAGGCUCUUCAACACAAGCAUGGAGCAGCCACGCCCAUCAGGAAACGACCUGUAGCUUUUCUAGGCAUAAAUCAAAAGAGCUUCUAGCACUGAUUUUUAGUUUUACUUCCCAA